AUGAAAUGCUGCACAUCCCAAUCCGCAAAUAGAAAAAGAGUAUCGACGUGUUGGCUGUCGCCUUUCAAGUCGUCGCUUUUACUUUUGAUAUGGGCUUUGACUGUAUGUCUUUCGCUCGGCUUUUCCUCCCGUCCGUUACUGUACAGUCCGCGUUUUUUCGCUUCUUCUAUUGUGGUGCAAAAAGAACAGCGCAUUACAUCAACAAAACAGGCUUCAGACGACGGUAUCGACGAAACCGCCAAAUCUCUUUCUAAACCAGAUUCAGCUUCGAAAAGAGUAUCAGCCACAACAGAAAAUAAGCUUAUUAGAAAUGCUCCCAAUCGACCUUCGAAUGGAGCAUCGAAAAGACCCCUUCGGCGAAACACCCCUGCUGGUCGUCGUGGCAGUCCGGGCAGCAGUAUCUUGCAAAACUCGAAACGACUGAAUCAACUUCUAGUAGCCUGCGAGAGCGCUUCCGAGGUUUUGACACUAUUGCAAAAUACAAAAGGUUCCUUGACACAAAAGGCCAGCGGUGGUACAAUGAACAGUGUAAAUUUUUCCACUUCGAUCCAUCGUCUUUGUCGACAUUCGCUUAACCAACGCGAUACCCGUGCAGCAACGCUAGCCGACCCCCGGUUCGCCUUGUUGCUAGCGUCGACGGCCGAAGCCAUGGUAACUAUGCCAUUCCAAUCACGUGAAUUGUCGAACAUUGGUUGGGCCUUGGCGAAACUGAAGAUUGUACCUCCAUUGACGGCCAUGCCUUUUGAACAAUCCGACGACGAGGCCCUUAAAGCGGCCGCUCAAACAGUCCGUGACGGCGUUUUCAAAGCAGCCAAAGAGCGGCAAGAAUCGGGAACACCCUCCAAGGCAUGGAUUACUGCCCUUUCACAACUGGCGGGUCAAAUUUUGGAUCGCAUAUCGCAAAAUGUGGUCUCGACACAAACCGACGGCUUUCGACUCCAAGAAUGGGCAAAUUUGAUGUGGGCUUGGGCCACAGCAGAACGAGCUGAUCCGGUAGCCUUUGGAGUGGCUGUGGACAAGAUGAUUGAUCAACAGCAAGAGGCGGAUCGGACGGGUGAACCUAAUCUUCGACCGCAGGAAUGGACCAACUCUGUUUGGGCGUUUGCCACAGCACAGGUUUACGGAAAACACGAGAAGUUGUUGAUAUUCGUCGCGGAACUUAUGGAACGAGAGUACGCAUUUGUGCAGAUGUUCAAACCUCAAGAAUUAAGCAAUACCGUUUGGGGAGUGGCAACCUUGCUCUCGAAUAAGGAAGGAGCAUUAACAGAUGCGGAACAAGAAGCGGCACUAAGCAUUGUUCGAAUAGUAUCGAAAGCUUUGCUGAAGCGAUCAAACGAGUUCAAAACUCAAGAACUUAGCAACACUUUAUGGGCCUUUGCCACUCUGGGCUUCGGCUUGAAGUCAUCGGGAGAGCAGUCAUUGAACAACUAUGUCGUUUUAGCAAGCAAUCAAUUCGAAGAAGACAGAGAGCUCAUGCAACAGGCUGUUGAAGCUGUAGUACUGGCAGCCUACCCUCAACUCGACCGAUUUCGCUCUCAGGAGCUGAACAAUCUUGCUUGGGCUCUCGCUCGUUUAGUGGAUCACAAAUCGGCUCUUGUCGAAAAUAUUUUGAGAGGUAUAGGAAUGCAGCUCUGCGAUCGAAAGCGAUUUGUGACACCGCAAGAUAUUGGUGCCACUAUCUGGAGCUUGGCUACUUUAGAAUUUUUUGAUGAAGAGAUCUAUCGAGGCAUUGCAUUUCGUCUCACUCCUGACAAAGGGGGCAGUUGUAAACCUCAAGAGUUGUCAAACAUAGUGUGGGCGAUUGCGACUGCCGAGGUCCAAGUGAAAGAUCGGGACGCUUUUGACACGACGUUGGUUCCAGAAUCGAAGCGCCAGCCCGUGCGUGACCCAAUAACCCGCAGUUUCGCCAUUGCGGCAACGGAGCUCAUGCGAAGGCCUUCUCAAUUUAAAUCUCAAGAAAUUAAAGACAUUUUGUGGGCAUUUUCAAAAAUUGGUAUUCGCCACCCGAGCUUGUUCAAAAGUGUUUCCGAGCAUCUUGUGGGGAUAAUCGGACCAGGAAAGCCUCGUGGGUUGACUGAAUUCUCACCUCAGGGGUUAGGAAAUACAGCAUGGGCAUUCGCAAGACAAGCGCAACUUAGUGAAGAAGCAGCCAAUCGCCUUGGUGGUGCUUCACUGUUGCCUUCGAGCAACGGUCGCCUUGCAAUUUACACAGCUUGCUAUUUUGAUAUUGGCGAGGAACUGAUUCACCGAUUGUUUGCAGCUAUCGCUGAGGCAGGCAUCACUAAGCAUGUCAAUUUGACUAGUUUUAAACCCCAAGAUUUGUCGAACACAGCAUGGACAUUUGCAGUGCUUGGUUUACGACAUACAGCUUUUAUGGAAGUCGCAAUGCACGAACUUGAGCGGAGAUUAUCCCUGUUUCUAAAGGGAGAGCGGACGUCCAUUACGACCUUUAAAGGCCAAGAAUUGGCAAACUUACUGUGGGCGCUAGCAACGCUGAACAUUCGAGUCGAAAACUCUCUUGAGAUAGUAACUCCGUAUCUUCAAGAGGUUUGCUUUGAAGGCAGGACUGGAAUGCCAGUACAAGCGAUAGCCCAAAUUUUCAAACGCCAAGAACUUGCCAAUGUAGCUUGGAGCUGUGCUGUCUUUGGCAAGUAUCCAACGGCUUUAAUGCAACUGUUAUAUGCUGGCUUGAUUGGACUUGAUAAAGAGUGUGAUGCCGAGAAAUUGUCAAACGUGUACGGAGACAAAGGUCUGCAAUCGCAGGCAUUGAUGAGUUUGAUCUAUGUUCAGGCUUCUAUGGAUCGCGCCGGCAAAAGUACGCUGGGGCUUCCGCCAAACUUUCCUGACGCCUGGCGACAGUCUACUCCCUCCGAGGAUGGUCAACGCAUGACAGAAACGAACAUAGAACUUUCUCUGAGUACAAGCAAAAUCCAAAGAGACGUUUCCGCUGCUUUCAAUCGCAUCGGAUUCAAGCACAUAGAAGAGCACACUAUUUCCAUGCAGGAAAUGGUAGUCGAAUAUGGGGUAAAUUUUGCUCCACAACAACUUGACAUUUUGUCAAUUGAUAUUGCGAAUGUACCAGAAAAGAUUGCUAUUGAAGUUGAUGGACCUGCCCAUUUCAUCAACCUUAUCGACAACGUUGACGAAAACGACUACGGUUCUACGAAGGCGCCCAAUGGGAAACUAGAGUACCAGUUUCAAUGGACCGGUGACCGCCAGAUGAUGAAUGGCUCUACAAGCCUCAAGCAUCGCCUUCUCGAAUCGCUCGGCUGGAGAGUAAUACAUAUUCCGUUUUGGGAAUGGUACCAAAUGGGGAGUGACGAGGAGCAAGGCGAGUACUGUCGAGACGCUCUCGAUACCCUUGGAGAAUAGCAUGCGCCGACGAGCAACGCGAUUUCGCUGUAUUCCUUAGUACCGCUAAUAUAUUCCAUAGACAACCAAUAGCGACUGUUCUAUAGAGUGUAGAAAGGAGAUGUAAACCAGUCUUUUAGAGAUCAAACACAGAAGCGCUGCAUCUCUCUCCGCUACUUAUCAGCUUUACGUUUCAAAAACACCAACGCGGACGAACGGAGAAUGAUAAAAACUGCCAAUAAGGCCAACCAGUACCACCAAACGUCAUCCAGGUCAACGCUGGCAUUGUCUAACACGCUGUCGCAAUUCUGGUGGGCCUGAUCCGAACCACAGUCACGGUCGAAUUCGCCAGCCAAUUCCAAUUUCACAGCGUACGUCAAAGGCAUGACGUAUUGAAGCCAACGCAGCCAAACUUGAAUAAGUGACUGCGCAAUGAAGAAACCCGAAAACAAAAUUUGUGGCACAAAAGUCAUUGGAAGAAAUUCAACAGCCAGUUUUGGAUCUUCGACGCUGGAACCAAGAAGCAUUGACAUGGCAGUACCGGACA